AUGAAGCAUACAAGACCUAUAUUUGACGAAGAACCAGCAAUAAAAAUAACUCGUUGUGGAAAUUCUUCUAUUUGUUCUCAAAGAAACGGAAAAAUAAUGCCGGCAUCUGAAAACAAUCAGAAUAAUUCAAAUCAAACAGGGGGAAAUGCAAAUGGUCCAAACUCUGCUGACAAUUCUGUGGACACAAAUCUUUAUUCGCGUCAAAUUUAUGCAUUGGGCGAAUCUGCCAUGACUCAUUUACGCAAGGCUUCGGUUUUGAUUAGUGGUAUUGGAUCCGUUGGUCUUGAAAUUGCCAAAAAUGUUAUCCUUGGUGGCGUUCGUCACGUAACUCUACAUGACCAAAAACUUUUGACUUUUGGGGAUUUAUCAGCAUGCUUUUAUGCUGACGAGUCAAUGGUGGGUGAGAAUCGUGCCAAAAUCGCUUUCACAAAGUUGGCCGAAUUGAAUGAUACCGUCACUUGCGUUCUUCACACAGAAGCAUUGAAUGAGGAAUUUGUGAAACAGUUUGAUUUAGUUAUCGUUACUGAUUCACCUUGGGAGGAGCAGAUCAAAAUUAACAACUGGAUGCGGAAACAUGGCAAGCUUUUCAUUUCUGCUGAUGCCAGAGGUCUCUUUUCCUAUGCUUUUGUUGAUCUUGGUGAGAAAUUUGCUGUGCACGAUGUUGAUGGUGAAACUUAUAAUGAAGUGUUACUCGAGCAUGUAAAUUGUGAGACUGGAGAAAUAUUUACCCUUGACAAGGCUUAUCACGGAUUGGAAGAUGGAGAUCAUAUUGUUUUCGAGGAUUUCGAGAUUGCAGAACUUAAUAAAUUGACACCAACGCCAGUAAAGACAACUGCAAAAGGUCAUAUAAUUAAUGUUGGCAAAGCUCUUUCGGUCUUCUCAUCAGUCAUUGAUGGCCCAAUUUCUCGAGGAAGGGCUCGCAAAGUUAAAAUGCCGAAAUUUAUUGAAUUUAAAUCUCUUGCCGAAGCACUAAAGUCCCCAGAAUUUAUGAUUUGGGAUUUUGCUAAAUUUGAUGGUCCAGAACACCUCCAUCGCCUCUGGCAAGCACUCUACAAAUUUGAGAAAAAGCACAAGCGUUCACCAAAACCCCGUUCCAAAAAGGAUGCCGAAUUGUUUAAAGCUGAACUUGAAGGGACUGGAACAGCAGAGAUACCUGAACAAUUGAUGCUCAAUUUUUCUUAUCAGCGCCAAACUCGUUAUGAUGGUCAAGCAGCUGUUUUUGGAUGGGCAUUCCAAGCAGCAUUAUCUAAACAAAAUUGGUUUAUUGUUGGCGCAGGGGCUAUUGGUUGUGAACUUUUUAAAAAUAUGGCUAUGAUGGGAUUGGCCGCGGGUAAUGGUGGUCUACUUAAAGUCACAGACCCAGAUACUAUUGAAGUUUCUAACUUGAAUAGACAAUUCCUCUUUCGUCGACCUGAUGUUGGGAAAAAGAAAUCUGAAGUUGCUGCUCGUUCUAUCAAGCAAUUCAACCCAGCAGUUAACGUCCAAGCUCUUUCUGACAUUGUUUCUGAGGCAACAGAGAGUGUUUUCAACGAUGACUUUUUCACUCAAUUAAAUGGUGUUUGUAAUGCUUUGGAUAAUGUUGAAGCUCGUCGCUAUGUUGAUCGUCGUUGUGUCUAUUAUCAACUUCCAUUACUUGAAUCUGGAACGAUGGGAGCAAAAGGAAAUACUCAAGUGGUUUUCCCACACUUAACUGAAUCAUACGGUUCGACUUCUGAUCCGCCCGAGUCAGAAACACCUGUUUGUACACUCAAGAAUUUCCCAUAUCAAAUUCAGCAUACGAUUCAGUGGGCUCGAUCGAAAUUUGCUGAUCAUUUUACCUCUGUUGCAGAAACAGCCAAUCAAUAUUUGGACGAUGUAAAUGGUUUUCUUGGCCGUCUUCAACAAAUGACCGUUUCUCAAAAGAUCGAAUUACUGCGUGCAUUAAACAAAGCUUUAAUUGAUGAAUGCCCAAGCAGUACUGAAGAUUGUGUCAAAUGGGCACGUGAUUUGUUUGAUUCGCUUUAUAGAAAUGAGAUUAUGCAACUUUUGCACAAUUUUCCUCCUGAUCAGCCUGAACAUUUGGAAUUUGUUUAUUCAGCGGCUUUUCUACGAGCACAACUUUAUAAUAUUGAACCAAUUAGUGACCCUAUCAAAGUUGCUCAUAUUGCUCGCGCCAUUAUAUCACCAGAAUUUAAACCGAGAGAGGGCAUUAAGAUUGCAGUUACCGAUGCAGAGGCUGCUGCUAACGAUGAAGCUGGCCCUGAAGGAGAUGACAGUGAAAAGCUUCUUGAUUCUUUAAAUAUGAAUUUGGCUCGUUUAAAAAUUGACAAUAUUCGCCGUUUAACUCCAAUCGAUUUUGAGAAGGAUGAUGACACAAAUCAUCAUAUUGACUUUAUUACUGCAGCUUCAAAUUUACGUGCAGAAAAUUAUACGAUUGAGAAGGCUGAUAGAAUGAAGACAAAACAAAUUGCUGGAAAAAUUAUUCCCGCAUUGGCUACGACGACUUCUGUUGUUGCUGGACUUGUUUGUAUAGAACUUUAUAAGACUAUUGAGGUUGAGGGCCAACGUUCAAAGGCACCUAUUGAACGUUUUAAAAAUGCUUUUCUUAACCUAGCAACUCCAUUUAUUGCUUUCAGUGAACCUGGAAAAGCAGCAAAAAAGAAGUAUCGUGAUAUUGAAUUUACUCUUUGGGAUAGAUUGGAAGUAAAUGGACCUAAAACACUUGGACAGUUUAUUGAAUGGAUUGAGACACAAACUGGAUUAACUGUCUCAAUGAUGUCUUCCGGUGUUUCACUUCUUUAUGCUUUUUUCCAGCCACCUGGAAAAGUUGCUGAACGUAAAACCAGAGAUGUUAUUCAAGUGGUGGAGGAAGUGUCUCGUAAUAAAGUUCCUCCAUUUCGUCGUUCACUUGUAUUUGAGGCAAUUACUCAAAAUGAUAAGGACGAGGAUGUUGAGAUUCCUUAUGUCAAAUAUAAUUUUCGUUAA